AUGGAGGGGGAACGAGGCAGUCGAAUGACCGUGUUUAAUCUCGUGGCUGUGUUUGAGGAUGCCGGGGCAGAAAAACCCUGCCGGAGUCCUCGCAAGGAAUCAAGCCAGCCCCCGACCAAGACCAAGCCAGCAGCACCGAACUCCCCAGCAUCCGCGUUGCUCCCACCCACAGCAGGCAGGGAAGCUCCGAGCAAGGCCAGAGAGGACAUAGCAGAGCCGGAGAACCAGCAUGAGGGGCACCAGCCUCCCCUGAGGACAAUCCAGCCGCCCCAGCGUCAGGAGCCGGAGGAGAACCCGCCGCAGGGUCGGAGAGGGCUCACCGUCAAGUGUCUCAGUUCCUUCAAGAGCAAAAUCAACAGCAGCAACUGGCGGAGUCAGCAGCCAGUGGAUUCCCAGCCAGGCAGCGAGUUAAGCCCUGGAGGCAGCAGGAACCAGGAUCCUGAAGAAAAGAAAAUUGCAUUGGAGCUGUUGGAAACAGAGCAAGCCUAUGUCAAUCGACUUCACCUUCUGGACCAGGUGUUUUUUGCAGAGCUGAUGAAGGAAGCCAGAAGCGGGAAGAGCAUCCCGGAGGAUGUGGUGAAAAUGAUCUUCUCCAACAUCUCCUCCAUUUACCAGUUCCACGCCCUGUUUUUCCUGCCAGAGCUGCAGAAACGCAUGGAGGAUUGGAGCUCCAAUCCCAGGAUCGGGGAUGUCAUCCAGAAGCUAGCCCCGUUCCUCAAGAUGUACGGCGAGUACGUGAAGAACUUCGACAAGGCGGUUGAGCUGAUCACCACCUGGUGGGAGAAGUCCCCCCCCUUCCAGGAGCUCAUUGUGGACAUUCAGAAGAGGGAAGUCUGUGCUAGCUUGACCCUGCAGCACCACAUGCUGGAGCCGGUACAGAGGAUCCCACGCUAUGAACUCCUGCUGAAGGAUUACGUCCGGAAAUUACCUCCAGAGUCACCAGACCGGCAUGACGCAGAGAAAGCCCUGGAAAUGAUUUUCUCUGCAGCCAAACACUCAAACGCGGCCAUUGCAGAAAUGGAGCGUUUGCAGAACCUCUGGGAGGUGUAUCAAAGGCUGGGGCUGGAAGAUGAUAUCGUCGACCCUUCCAACGAGCUCAUUAAGGAGGGCCCCAUUCAGAAAAUCUCCUUCCGCAACAACACCACGUCGGAGAAGUAUCUCUUCCUGUUCAACAACAUGCUGCUGUUCUGCGUGCCAAAGGUCAUCCAGGUGGGGGCGGAAUUCCAGGUGCGCUGGCGGAUCGACGUGGAGGGCAUGAAGGUGCGGGUACUGAAGGAUGUGGAAUUCCCUCACUCCUUCCUGGUCUCGGGGAAGCAGCGGUCGCUGGAACUACAAGCCAGGUCACAGGAGGAGAUGAACGCCUGGAUAAAGGCCUUCCAGGACGCCAUUGCCAAGAAAGAGAAGCAGAGCGAGAGCUUCAAGACAGCAGUUCACGGGCCUGAUGGGGAGGUCCAGGAAUUUGCUUUCAAGUCGGAGGAGCUGGGCCGACGGGCCCCGCAGUGGGUGCGGGACAAGCUGGUGACCAUGUGCAUGCGCUGCAAGGAGCCUUUCAACGCCAUCACGCGCAGGAGGCACCACUGCCGGGCCUGUGGCUACGUGGUGUGCGCCCGGUGCUCCGAUUACAGAGCUCCGCUGCAGUACGACAGGAACCGGCCCAACCGCGUCUGCCUGGAGUGUUACGUCUUCCUGACGGGGCAUCUGCUGCCCGAGGAACGAGAGGGGAAGCACAAGGGGAUCCUCGAGAAAGAAUCAGCGGAAAUCUCGGGGCAGAGCCUGAUGUGCAGUUUCCUGCAGCUGCUGGAUAAGAACGGGAAAGGGGGAACGCGGGGCUGGUUCGUGAUCCCACAGGACGACCCCCUAGUGCUGUACAUGUAUGCGGCACCCCAGGAUGUCAAGGCUCACACCUCCAUCCCCCUGCUGGGCUACCAGGUGAAGGAGCCGCCCCAGAGUGACCCCCGUCACCUCUUCCAGCUGGUCCAAUCCAAGCAGACCUACACAUUUGUGGCGGAGACGGAGGAGCUGAAGCAGCGCUGGAUGAAGAUCAUGGAGCAGUCAGCCAGGGGCAAUGCUCCUCUCUCUGGAGAAGAGGAGGAGGAGGAGGACGAUGACUCAUUCGAUGACCUGGAGUGA